UGCAACAAAUUCCGGACAUACUUCACCUCUGUCAAAAUGGCUAAGAAAGGCCAAGCAGUGCAAUUGCAAACAGAAGUUACCAAUGAUGAAGAGUGGGAAAAACUGCUGCAGAGAGAUGGGCUUAUUGUUGUGGAUGUGUAUUCUGAUUGGUGCGGUCCCUGCCUUGGCAUGUCUGCCAACCUGAAGAAGCUGAAACUCGAAAUAGGAGGAGACAUGUUGCAACUGGCGAUGGCCAAAUCUGAUAAUAUCACUGCUUUAGAGAGAUUCAGGAACAAAAGCGAACCGACGUGGAUGUUUAUCUCUAAAGGGAAAAUGGUGAACCUCAUGUUUGGUGCCAAUGCCCCAAAAUUGACCAGGCUAAUAAUAGAAGAACUAAACAACGAGAAAUUGGCAGCGAGUGGGGAGAAAAAAAGAGAUAACAUUCUGGAGGUCACAGACAUGACGGAUGUGGAGAAAGCUCGUUACGAGGCUACGGAAAGUGUAGCAAGAAAAGCGAGAGAGAAAGAGGAAGCAAAGCGGGCCAAGGAGAUUCACGACAGAAAGGUUGCAGAGUGUCACAAUAUCCUGAAUAACCUUCCUGGAUUCGGAGUUGUGGUUAUUUUUCCCAACGCGAGGGACAAGUAUAUGGAAGUGAUGUCAGACCUUAUUCACGAGGCCGGUCUGUCUAUCCAUCAAACGGAGAAGGUUAAUAUGACCCAAGAACAUCUCGAUGAUAUACUGUAUUUUUGCGAAAAAGAGGACGAAUUCGAUGAUCAUUCUUUACAAGACUUGAUGGCGAGACAGUUUCUAGUGCUUUUGAUGAAGCCCUCACCUGGCACAGAAUUAGAAGAUCUAGACGAAGCAAUAUUCACCUUAGUAUACGGCGAGCCCAAAAAACCUCCCGGAUCAGAAGACUGCCCCUACCAGCAACUCCUCUUCAAAGAAGAACCCAAAGAAGACGAUGACGACAGUAAAGAACACCACACUCUGAUCGGCAUAUGGGUUCCCCCUACAAAAUUUCUCAAAGCUACAUGCCUGAGGUUGUUUUUUCCGAAACUUGCUAAGGAAUUCGAAGCUCCUCCUCUACAGGAAACCCCCAAGCACAUUGCUGUUGUCUUUGAUGUUAAGAAAAUGAAUGAAGUGCUGCAAAUCAUGAAUCAGUUUCCUAACGAGAUUAUGCAUUACGGUUUCUUCACUAAGGAGACUCCUGAAGAUGCGGAACUAAUUGCUAAGAGCCUGCGCAAAUUGGAGUUGCCGGAAAACAAAGGAAAAAGGACAUUCGAAGAAAAACUCGUCAUCCAAGUGACGAAGCGCAAAAGCGAAUGCCUUCUCGCUCUCGCACAGCUGGGCCCCCUCUACAUGUCCCCCAACGUAGACGAGGGGGAGAGGGAGUGCCAAAUCUUCUUCCCAGAUGACUACGCCGAAUCUCUCGACGAAGAAGACCUCCAGUUCGAAGAAGUGGACCAGGAAGAAUCCCAGCUGGAAGAACCAGAACCCGAGCCUGCCGAAGUCGAGGAAGCUGAAGAUAAAACUGAAGGGGAAGCUGAGGAAGCUACCGAGGAAGAGGGUGAUAAAACAGAAGAAGAGGGGGAGGAAGAAGAUGACGAUGAUUUGUUCGGAUUGGGUCUUGGUGAGCCUCCCCAGCCGGAAGUUUCAGAAAGCCAGGCACUUGAGCAAUUCUCUCGACCUUUACAGAAGAUCAACCCUUCUUUAGUCCGAGAACCGAUCCUUGAGGUAAAAAUCAACAAGGACUUGAUUGAAGAUCUGUUGUUCUUCGACGUUAAAUUUUCAACAACAACAAUCAAUGAUAUGUCCAACAACAGAAUCUCGUUAGCACUACUCGUCAAAAGAAGUUCAGAAAACCUUUACGGCGACAUAGACGAGGUCGUUCUCCAGCUGGUGUACGGAAAUACCAGAAAACCACCUGGCGAUGAAAAAUCGCCCAGUCAAAGGUUAAUGACGAUUGCUGACGGAGGAGAGGAAAAUAUCCUUAUAGGGAUAUGGGUACCUCCAAACCAACUAAACAAAGCCGUGGUCCUGAAGCAUCUGUUUCCGAACCUUUCUGCUAAUUACAAGUUUCCAGAUGUAGAACCCACUCCCUUCUAUGUUGCUGUUUGCUAUGACGCUUUCAAAACCCGCGAGGUCAUGGAGCUGGUGGAGCAGUAUGCCGGGCAAGUUAUGGCUUACGGAUUUUUCACCAAAGAUGUCCCCUGCGAAGCGUCAUUGAUAGCCAAGACUGUUCAGGAAUUCGAAGAGAGGACAGUUCCUACAACCUACGAAGAGAAACUUGUGAUCCAACUCAAAAAAUCCAACCCUGAAUGCAUGAAAGCCUUCGCAGAGCUAGGUCCUUCCUACAUGAGUCCUGAUGCUGACGUUGGAGAAGCUGAUUGUCAGUUGUUCUUCCCCGCUGACUAUCACGCUGUGGAAGAGGAAAUCCAAGAAGUUAAGAAGAAAUCCAAGAAGAGGAGUAAACCAAAGACGUAUGCUCAGGAAGAAACCACGUCUACAGCUACCAGCGAUCUCAACAAGGAGCAUGAAGAGCUCGAGGAAGUUGAAAGUGACGAGGAGAAAAUUGAGGAAGGUGUUGGAGACGUUACAGAGGGAGAUGGUGAGGAAGAACUGGGUGGAGCUGAUAAGGCCACGUCUCCGAUUGCAGAAGAAAGGGUGGAAGAAUGAAAUAGAACAUAGUGACGUUGUGUUUGUCAGAGUAGUACACAAAGAUGUGCUUUCAUCAGUCCUCAAUUCUUUUACCAAAAUAACUUUCUGUAAUUUAAACUGAAAGGGUAUAUUUUUAGGAGGAAUUUAGUUUU